GUGAGUAGUCAGUCCCCGUGAUCCUUCACCAGACUGGUGCCCUGUGGCAGUGAUCGGGCAAGAUGGCCGCCAGGGCUGCCAGACGUCUCCUCAUUGUACUGAUGAGUGUUGGCGUCUACAGCGGUGUCUCCCUCUCCCUGAACGUUGACGACGACUCCUCAGGUGUGACGGUACCACCUGUCAGGUCCCCCCGACGGUCUCCCAGGUCCACCACCACCAGGGCGCCGGACAUCACCAUGGUGUACCCAGUCAUGAACGUCUUCCCUGGCAAUGUGCCCGCCUACUGUGUCCCCGGCGACACGUCACAACGCAUAGAGGGUCACCUUGUGCCACACUACUCUACAAGUCCCAUCAUUCUACGUGACGGGGAUGGUAGUACACGGCUCAAGUGGUCGACGGGUGUGGAGAACACAGCCCGAGGAGUGGUGUGUAGCGCCCCUGGAGCUCCUCCACAUUACAACGUCUCCGCCCCAUUCAUGAAGCACAGAGCAUUGUACGUGCCGGAGCAGCUGAGUGUGACGGUCAGUGAGGGUGAGGACCUCCGUCUGAGGUUCACACUGGUGGACAGAGCACCUCGUCAGGUCGAGUGGCAGAAGGAACCCGCCACUGGUAAUGACUGGCAGUCAUCUACCCUCACGGACGACGACCAGCUCAUCAUCCCAGCAGACAAGCUCACCGGGUCUGGCUUCUAUUCUGUUAUACCCUACACCAGCGCAUUCCACCCUGGGAGUGACAAGAAGCAGUUUGGUACCUUCAGGCUGCUGGUGAGAGAGUGUCCCGCUGGUCGCUAUGGUGAAGGCUGCAGUGAGUGGUGUCCUGACUGUAUGUCCGGCGGCGCCUGUCACCCCCUGACUGGCGAGUGUGUGUGUCCCCCUUACCUGUCUGGGGACCGUUGUCAGACCCGGUGCAACAACACCAGGAUGGGUCGGGACUGUACCGUGGAGCUGCCUGAGCCCCGGGGUAAGCAGGUGUGUCUCCCACACCCGCUGGGGUGUCACUGCGCCCCGGGCUACACCGGUGACACAUGCACCACAGAGUGUGGAGGAGGCCGCUGGGGUGUGGAGUGUUCCCAGUCUUGCCGCCACCACUGUCAAGGUGACUGUCACCCCAACAACGGUCACUGUCACUCACCGGGACCAGCUGACUGUGCCGGAGGUGAUCUUGGGCUACCACGACUCCGUCGGCCGCCACAAGUGAUCAACGUGUCGUGGACCACGGCGAGGGUCACCUUUGAUGGCUGGGUCCAGGGUUAUGACGACGGACACAAGGACGCGGGCGAUGUUAUCUCUUAUAGACUGCAGUUGUGGGUAUGUAGGCUUGGUCUGGUUUGGUUACUGAAUAUUGUAGUCUAGGGCUUUUAUACUUUGACG